UCACCCUUGCCAGUGAUCAACCCACAGCUUUGCCUCUGCAUGUAGUCAGGAAAGGCAGGUGAAAGGAAUGAUGCAAAUGAUUUUUUUUUUUUUUUCGGAAGGAAAUACCUUUCUUUGUUGAAGAAUUGGCAGGUCUUUGAUUGGCCAUGAAUUUUCUUCUGAGGAUCGGAGCAGGAUAUAUAGUCUGAACAGACUCCUAAGAAGGCAGAAGACAUUAAGCAGAAAACAUCAAAGUGGAAGAAAGACAAGAUGUCCACACAAAGACAGACGUACCUAGAGAAAGCAUUCUCCUUUACAGUGACAGUGCUACUUCUGCUGGCCACAACUGGAUUUUCUGAGGUAUUGGAUGAGAGCACUAUGACCACUGAAUCACCCCUUCCUCAAAAUUCAUCUACAACAGAGCAGGUCGUAAAGAGGAGCUUGGGCCACUCUACUGUCAUGCAUUUAGUUAGGCCUUGUGGAGAAAAAAAUGCCAAUUUUUGUUUAAAUGGGGGGAAAUGCAUCCACCCCCAAGACAGCAACAGUCCUCAUUGCAACUGCGCACCUCUAUACUAUGGCCUACGAUGUGAGAAGAUUAAACUUUCGCCUUCAGUUAAAGAUCCUGAUAUUGAGAAGAAGAUUGCCAUCAUCUUUGGGCUGAUCGUAGUCUUCAUUGUUUUGGCUCUUGCCAUCUUCUGUUUUGUAAAGAGAAGAUGUGAACAUUCAGCCCCUCUGAUUAAAGCUGCAGCGUCAGAGACUUCGGUGUGAAAUCAUCGACCCUCAUCACCAUAUUCCUACAGAACUUGAACUAGAUUUUAUUUAAUAAUAUAAAACCACCAUUCACGUUUAGAAUAUUUUGUUUUUGCUUGAUGCAGACUGAAUUUAAAAUAACAUAUGUCAAAGUGAAUUCUAAAUUCUGUUCUAACUAUUUUAAGGAAAUUACCAUUUCUGUAAUAGUAUUUUCUUUCAUAGACCUGUUGGAAAACUCCUUUAUUUAUAAUAAUUCUAUUUUCAUUAAGUUAUUUUUCUUAUUUUUGUACUGAUUGUUUCAAAUAAAUUAUUAAAAAUAAGCAAGUUUUACUAUUGAAAGCUCGUACUCUAUUCAGUAUUUUUCAAUGGUAGAUAACACCACAGUGUUAAAAAAUAGAUCUUGCUAAAUAGCAUAUUUUACAAGUUUGUUUACAUAAAUAAUUAUUUUAUAAUAAUAAUAUGAAUACAUUGAAAAACUUUGAAUGAGCCUAAAAACAUUUUUUUUCAGCUUCGUAUCUGAAAAUGCCAAAUAAAAAUGCAUCAAUCUGUAAAACCAUCUUUAAAUAUAAUACACUGUUUACAUCCCAAAUAAUGAAAUGCAUAAACAAGUGUCAUCAGUCACAAUUCUAUUUAGAUUUCAAAUCUUUUUUUAAAGGCUCCAAUUCAAACAAAUCCCACAUUGAUGAAUUGUCAAUUGCACACAUUUCAAUUUGAUCCUAGUUAUAACACCGUGCCAUUUAAGUUUAUUAUUUCCGAAUGGUUAAAACAAUGCAGCGAAGGAAGUCCAGAGGACUGCUUUGAUUCACUGACUUUGCAGCAACCCUUGCUGCUAAACAGGCAUGUAGUGGACAGUUCAUGCAAUAUGUUUUUAACUUUGCAGCAUUUGUGCUGAACAUGCAUUUGGUGACGCUGGGAAGAAAAAAAAUCCCUUUUAGGGGAAAAAACACACAAACUAAGCAUCUCUCUGAAAUGAGUUUUUGGAACUUGGGAUGUCUGUGGUUGUAGUGGAGGCGACGGCAAACUGAGCAGUGAACAUGAUGUCAGUGCGGCUGAGGAGAGACAUGGCGAGAGAGAUGAGAGCAGAGAGCAGGAGGAAAUAGAUUACUUUGCCCGUCCUGAUCCUUGUCUUUUACAAAUCUUUUUUGAAUCACCACCCACAACAAAGCACAAAAAAUCCAGUUGUGCAAAACGUUUUCACCACUAAAAAUGCAACCAACAGAAGGUGUCUCACAUAUUG